AUGCGUCGUGUCAAGAAAUCCCGUAACGGCUGUGCUAGGUGCAAGAGCAAACGGGUCAAAUGUGGAGAAGAACGACCUCACUGCCAUCGGUGCACUCGCUUAGGUGUUCAUUGCCCUGGAUAUGUCCAGUCCCUUCGAUGGGUUACUAAAUACCCGGAUCGCAACCCUGAUACAGCCGAUGACACACUCGACGAACCCUCAGCUGAGCCGGGCGCUCAAUCGGAUUCUAGACCUCCAGGUGCGCAUGCUCUGUGCGAUAAUCUAUGGGAUUCUCAACAGUCCGGUACACUUCCCGAACUCGCAGGUUUAUGCAAUCAAACUCCGACAUCAGCUUCGGGGCCAUCUCCAGCAGCGGCGCAGGAUGGCUCGAUCUUUAACUUCGGCUCACCCAGCCACGCAGACGAUCCUUUUGGUCUUUCGUCCCUAGCUGCGCCAAUACUGCAGGACGAACCUUACGGCUUCUCCGAGUUCUCGCCAUCCGCCAUCGUACGCCAAUAUCCUCCUCCCAACUCGAAGGUACCGCAGCGGGACUUUACCUCUAUCUCACAGCCUUUGAACAACCCAUCAUGGACCCUUAUCGAGUACUAUUUCAAGGAAGUGGCAGCACUGUUCUCAAGUUAUGACAGUCAAAUGAACCCCUUCCGAUCAACCGUGUCUCGUCUAUGGGGCUCUUCACUGGCCAUGUGUCGGACUAUGCAGAGCAUGGCAGCAGCCACCCUAGUCAAUGACUUCCCUGAGUUCGGGCCAUUAGGGCGGAAGAUGCGCAACGAGGCUGUGGACAUCAUUAGCAAGGAGCCUACUCUAGACGAUAAAUCCCUGCUGGCACUUCUUAUGCUAGGCCAGACAGCAAGCUGGCACGAUUCUAAAGAUCUUGGCAUUUCUUUCUUCAAUCUACUAAGGAAUCACCUCGAUACGAGGUCUGACAGGAGCGCAACAACAGGCCGCGGCAACAAUCAUCAAUUCUUCGAAGAGGCCUUGAUCUACUGGGAAAUGCUCCUGUCCUUUGUGGCCGACGAUUCGGCUGUUUUGUGCGGGGCCACGGCCGCAGGGCCCGAGGAAUCACUCGUCCUACAGCGUGUGCCUCAUCCGUGGACGGGAAUUGCGCGUGACACGCAAUUCACAGUCCAAGAGGUGGGACGGCUUGUGCGUCGCGAGAGGAAACGAAUGCGCUGCCGCACCUUUACGUCUCACGCCGAUGUGGCACAAGCGCAGCGAGCCAUCGAACGAGCACAGGAACUCGAGGAGCGUCUCUUGGGUCUUGCGCACCCGGCUGAGGCCGAGAUCAUCAGUCCCGGCGACGACGAGACACCCGUGUGGCAUCUCCUCACUAUGGCUGAGGUCUAUCGGUGCACCGGGCUGAUGCAGCUCUACCGAGUCUUUCCCGACCUGCUACGUCGACGACUACGUCCACAGCGAACCUCGAGCAGCCCCACUAGCGUUGAAGAAGCGUCUAUGAACCAUCGCGAUUCCUUCCUGUCCCCCCCCCUCCACACCCCCUCGUCGGCCUCGCAAAACGACAACUGGCUGACCGAACUCGCACUCACCACCCUCUCACGUCUGAAAACCAUCCCGCUCGAAUCCCGCACCCGUUGUCUACAGCCAUUCCUCCUUGUCGCCUCGAGCAGUGAGCUCCGGCUCCCUCGACUUCCGCCCCUGGAGACCAACCUCGACAGCAACGGCCCAAACAUUUCCGCCCACGCCAUCGACGUCUCCCAGACGCGGCGGUUCAUCCUCGGUCGGCUUACCUCUUUUAUGCAUGUCCUGCCCCCAAAACCCAUCAGCGUCUGUCUGGAACUAGUGCGCGAGGUGUGGCGCCGGAUGGACGCCGGCGAGCCGGAGGUGUAUUGGAUGGACGUCAUGAUGGAGAAGGGAUGGGAGACGACAAUGGGCUGA